GCUCAGUGAAUCCACUCCGCCCUCGCGCAAACAGGAGACACGUGCAUUUCUAUGCAUUCGAAGCAAGGCAGAAUGGAAACUCAAAGUUGCGGUGAAGUUAAUCAACUUGGUGGUGUAUUCGUCAAUGGAAGACCACUACCAAACGCCAUUCGUCUUCAAAUUGUCGAAUUAGCCCAGCUAGGAGUACGUCCUUGUGACAUAUCGCGACAAUUGAGAGUGUCACAUGGAUGCGUUUCCAAAAUACUUGCCAAGUAUCAUGAAACUGGUUCAAUCCUGCCUGGAGCUAUAGGAGGAAGUAAGCCCCGAGUGACAACUCCAAAAGUGGUAGCCUACAUAAGAGAACUGAAGCAAAAAGAUCCAGGAAUUUUUGCUUGGGAAAUUCGAGAUAAGCUGCUAGUCGACCGCAUAUGCGACAAAUUCAACGUACCAUCAGUGAGCAGUAUAAGCAGGAUUUUGAGACAUAAAAUUGGCACGAAUAGCUCCUACGAUGGAAUAGAUAGAGAAGCUGCCCGGCAUCUUUACAAUGGCUUUUAUUCCUAUCCUCGCAAUGUAAGUCAAUCUCAGCAACAACCUUCCCCAGCUCACUCAUCGCCUGUUUUGCUUGCAAUUACAAACAAUGAGAAUGUCAACUCGCCAUCCAACCUUCCUCCCAGAGCUUGGCCUUCCGCUCAUUCGGUUUCGGAUUUAUUAGGUCACUCGAUCGGUUUCCAGACCAGCAGUCCUGUUCCGAUUCCCCCAGGUAGUCAAUUCACCCAGUUUGCAACACCGGAUGCAGCAGCAGCAGCUGUUGCUCACGCGGCACAAAAUUAUAAUUAUUAUAUGUAUCACUUACAUGGUCACCAUCAUCAUCAAACCAGCAGUAUCCCAAGCUUUGUGCCAAGUGUUCCGCAGCCACCACAAAAUUUGUCUCUUUCAUAAAGGUGCUGUUUGCUUGCUUGAACGAUUUAUGAAGCUCCACCUUAGACAAAAUAGAUUAUCUAAAUCUGAGUGCAAUGGUUAUUAGAGGAGAAUUUGGCUAUUCUUCAUGCAGAUACCUUCAUCUGUUUAUGAACUAUUAUCUUUAUCAGAAUACUUUAUAGAAUUAUUUUUUUAAGGUUUGACGUGCUGACAUGGAAGCUUAGAUCUUUAUGCACAUUAUCUCAAUGAUUUAUAUUUUUAAGAAGUACACAAGAAUAUGACACAGUUUCCUACAUAAUAAAAUUGUUAGCGAUCCGUUUUUCUACAAAUUAUUAUUCAAACAUGCCAGAGUUUUUAUCUUUUAUUAAUAACAAGAGCCUUUUUUAAUGAGAGCAGUUCAAUACUUAAAAGUCAAUACUUAAUAAUAGGAGAUAAUAAUGUUAUUCCUAAAAUCUUGUUAAAUAGUCCUUUUGCACGGAUGCACCCUUCUAAAUUAAAUUGCCAAUUCCUUUCAUUCUAUUUGAUACUAGAUUUAAGGAUAGAAUAAUAGAGUUUGAUAAAUAGGGCUUUUCUUUAGUUUUCUUGAUUAUUCAUACACUGAUUCUAAAAUAAUCUUGCAGAAAUAAAAUAUAUUGAGAAAUGCAAAUAAUUUAGACAGUAUAAAACAAUGCAUGGAGAAUCAAAUGACCCGGAAAAUUGAUCUUUUCUUUUCCUUCCCAGCAAAGAAUUCUUGAUGUACUUCUUUUAAUUAUAUUUUAAUUAUAUUAAGUACGCUUGA